AUGCCUGCUGAGAUGGCUCUGGCCAGUUCACUUUCCAACAAACCAGUAUCACCAUGCUCCAGAAAAGUUUCUACUGCAGGGGUGGAAGUGCACCAGAGCAAGCUGGAUUUUUUCUGCAAGCUGGGCUAUGGUAAGCAGGACAUCUGCAAAGUGCUGGACAACCUUGGCCAAGAGGCCCUGGAAGAUGAUGUGCUGAAAGAGCUGAUUCGGAUGGGAAGCAAACCUCAAGCUCUGGACACCCAGGCUCAGCCUUCCACACUAAAACUUGUUGCCCGUGGAUCAUGUAGCACUACACCAGGGUCAAAGUGGCUUGGAGAAGAUGACAGUGAUUCUUCUGAUCACUUCAGACCCAUUGUGAUUGAUGGCAGCAACGUUGCAAUGAGUCAUGGGAACAAAGAGGUAUUCUCCUGCUGGGGGAUCCAGUUGGCAGUGGAUUGGUUUCGAGAAAGGGGGCACACAUACAUCAAAGUUAUUGUCCCACUCUGGAGAAAAGAGCCCCCUCGACAAGACAGUCCCAUUGCAGAUCAGCACAUUCUUGAAGAGCUGGAAAAGCAAUCCAUCCUUGUGUACACCCCAUCCAGGAAGGUGAAAGGCAAGAGGGUGGUUUGCUACGAUGAUCGCUACAUAGUGAAGGUCGCUUAUGAGAAAGAUGGAGUCAUUGUUUCCAAUGAUCAUUACCGGGAUCUCCAGAACGAAAACCCCGAGUGGAAAUGGUUUAUUGAGCAGCGACUACUCAUGUAUUCUUUUGUCAGUAACAGGUUUAUGCCUCCUGAUGAUCCACUAGGCCGGCAUGGACCCACUCUUACUAACUUCCUCAGCAAAAAGCCAGUGCUUCCUGAACCAAAAUGGCAGCCUUGUCCCUAUGGUAAGAAAUGCACCUAUGGCAAUAAAUGCAAAUUUUACCACCCGGAGAGGGCACAUCAAGCUCAGCUCUCGGUUGCUGACGAGCUCAGGGCCAAAAUAAAGGUCCCGUUAAGCCUGGGGAAAGAGGAGGAGUCGCGUAACUGCUCACCCUACGGGCCCGGAGCGCCGGCGCUGCCCGACGCCCGCCCGGGAACGCUGCGAGGAGCCAGUGGCUGUGCAGGGGCCUCCUGCUACCCAGGGUGGUCCCAGGGGAGCUGCCCUGAACAGCCAGACAGCACCUGGGCUGGUGUCUCCAGCUCUGACCUGUGGCUGGACCAGAGGCUGCUACAGGCAGAGUGGCUGCGAGACCAGCCCUUCCUGGAGAAGAUGUCAGCGAUGUCCAUCAGUGACAACCCCUGCAGCUACCACUGGUCCCCACACUGCUCUCUGGACAGAGAGGUGACAGAGAGCCCUCAUCGCUGCCGUGACCUCAGGCUCAACCCAUACUCGCUGCAUCACCCCCACAGCUUGGACCACACCUGCUUACCAGGAUGCCCCUUCCAGCACCCAGUGCUUCUGCCUGCAUGGGGCGGGAUGCACCCAGACCCCAGGUGGCCUCAGGAGUGCUGUGGCACUCACAGGAUGGGUCAGAGGAGCUGCUACUUCCCUGAUGCUGCUCAGCACAGGCGGGCCCUGGAGCCUGUGCAGCAGGUCUGGCGGCCGCUGGCAGCUCCUGCCCCGCCUCACUCGCCCAGCCAGCACCAGCACCAGCGCUUCCCCAGCCAGCCCCCGAAGCAGCCCUUCCUGUUAGACUCCAGAAACAGGCUGGGCUUCUUCCAGAAAGCCUGUGCUUACCCUGAUGCCCCUUCCAGUGACAACUGGCCCACCCCGGCUGCAAGGCCACCCUCUGCCCAGCAAGCAAACAUAGAGAGGGAGCUGUGCUCUCUGUUCCCUUACAGCGAGGUGAACCACAUCAUGGCUUUGUACCCCGAUAUCAAGGAUGUUGCUAGCUUGACUUUACUGAUUCAAAGACACAGAAACUUGUGA